AAUAGUGACAUCAAAUUGAAUGUUUUUAAUUCUAGUGCAUCAUAUGUGUAUGGUUGUGCUGUCCGGUUACAAGAAAUGAAUCUACACCUGCCAGCCAAUUAGAAUUGAGAAUUUUCAGUUGCCAUAGUAUGAAAUUUUUUUUGAUACCAUUGCUGAGGUGAUACCUGAGUUUCUGUACAGAUACCAUAAUGAUACUUUUUCAGAUACCCUGAGAAAGAUAACUAAGGCUGCAACUAGUCUCUACUAACCUCUUCAAAUGUCUGUUUUGUCCAACAAACAGUCCCAAACCCAAAAAUAUAUUCACCUUUCAAUGAUAUAAAACAGGGAAAUACAGCAAAGCCUCUUAUGUGAGAAGACAAACACAGAGAAUAUUUUUGUUUGGAAAAUGACUGAUCUGAUCAAAGAAUAAGUAAAAAGAUUUGCGAGUCUUAAGCAAUUUCAUGCCACCUCUCUGGACUAGACAAGUUCUUGUUUUUAAUACUAAAAAAGAAAUUGCGGUUAGAUACCAAUUAAUUAAUAAUCAGAUUAUAUUGAUCUUUUUUUUUUCCAGUUUGUCUGUAUACCAGUGCAUUAACCUUCCUAACCACUUUCACUUUAAAGCAGAUCGAUAACUGUGUGGGUAAAGAAAAGUCUACCAGUUGUAUGGGCCCAAAGCAGGCCAAGAAGGGUGAAGUAUGUCGAAUUUUAGAAGAGAGUCAAAAUGGCUGAGAAAGAGAAUGGCAGGGGGGGCAGAGCUAUUUCAGUCUGUACAGCUGUCUUGUUUUUAUGGUCUUUGACAGAGCUUGGUCUCUUUCUCCCUCUGUCUCUCUCUCUCGUUUCACCUUCAGUCCCAUACUUGAAGUGGCUGCUCUUCUGCUCGUGACCUUCUCCCCAUGGGAUUUAAUUUUUGAUUGCUUUUUCCUCAAAUAACUCUCUGAUUUUAAAUAAUCAGUGGCAGGAUGUUGGAUCAGAUAAAAUCAAUUAAUAGAAUGUUAUAAAACAGUCACAGCAACAUUUGUGCCUUUUUGAAAAAUUAGGUCAUAUUUUGUCACUUGAAAUACUAGGCCUACGAAUGACUGAAGACGCAGUAUCAGUUCACAUUGGUGCUGGAUCCCAAUACAUACCUAAGCUGUACAGUGGCAUGAUUGAUGGCAGCCUCAGUAGCUCAUAUAUGGAGUUAGGUGGGUGGGACACUGUCCUCCUGUUCUAAAGCAACUAUACUGGGAACCUCCAGGAGCAUCCCAAAUUAGUGCAUCCAUGGUGGGAAAGCUGCUCAUUUAGUCUAAUCAUCAUUUGCUGUUUCCCAUCAGAGAUGUGAAUAAUUAUCACAGAAACAGACAUUCACAGGUCCUGCUAUUCAAGACGAAGCAUUUGAAAAUUCUGUCGUGCUAUGAAACUUGAUUCUUGUUGGCUGCUAAUAUCUUAACUUUUAUUUUGUUUUUUCUAGCUGUAUAUGGCAGCACUUAAACUUGUACAGGUGCAUAAAACAAUGGAAAAACAAGAAAUAGAAAGCAACAGGCUGCCUGUAGAAGUUUAAAUAUACUGUAUGUGAACAGUUUUAUAAGUCUGCUAUUGUUUUUGCGGGAAAUGUGGUCUACAUUAAGUUUUUCUUUUUAGAAACACAAUUUAAAAGUAAAACAUACAGUGUUUCCACAAGGUAUUUCCUACCACUUGAGUCAAUAUUAAAGAACUGUUUACAUUUCUCACUGAAGCAAAGGGCCUAGUAGUCGAGUGUCAUUACUGGAGCUGGACCAAUGUCCAUCAGCCAACUGUUUUCAAGUUUCAUUACUGUUUAUAUACCCCGCUGGCCACUACUGAUCUGGUAGUGGGCACAAACCUUGAACCAAACCUAUCAUUUUGACAGGUGAUGACUUCAGGAUAUGUUAACCGCAAAUACAUGUUGGCACUUUGGGCAGCUCAAGGCUGUUAAUUAAUAGAAAGUGUUGGUCAGGUCGACUGCAGGACAACUGUCCCAUUUGUGUGUGUAUCAAGAGAGUGAAGCAGCAAUAGCCUGUCAUCCUAUAGCACACUGGGUUUUGUUCUCUCACAGUGGGUAGAAAAGAAACAAAAAUAGCCACAACAAAGACUCUCAGUAUGUCAGAAGAAGAAGGGUACGGGGGCAGUUCAGUUGUCCCUCAGCAUGUCCUGUCUGCCGGUUUGGCCAUAUUAGUCCACAGAUAACACGAAAGUCACGCCUGUGUGUUGGCAUUGAAUUCACCUCAUUCCAAGACUCCUGGGGCCUAUUUUGGAGCAUCAGUAAGCCGAGCCGCCCUGCCACCUCCUCGCUCCUCCCUCUUUCUCUUACUUUCCCCUCAGCUCUGUUUUCCUGCCAAACCUGAUGGUGUGGCUAAAGUUAGCCUGCCAUGGGCUAGUAUAUAAGGCCCCUAGGGUCCAAUACUUACAUGUCAGUCACAUCGGCUUGGCGUAGGCUUCUCUUCUUGACCAACAACAACCCCACAAACUUGAGAGAUGGCACCCAAGAAGGCCAAGAGGAGGCAGCAGCAGGGUGAGGGUGGAUCCUCCAAUGUGUUCUCCAUGUUUGAGCAGAGCCAGAUCCAGGAGUACAAGGAGGCUUUCACAAUCAUCGACCAGAACAGAGAUGGCAUCAUCAGCAAGGAUGACCUCAGGGACGUGCUGGCCACCAUGGGCCAACUGAAUGUGAAGAAUGAGGAGCUGGAGGCCAUGGUGAAGGAGGCCAGCGGCCCCAUCAACUUCACUGUUUUCCUGACCAUGUUUGGCGAGAAGCUGAAGGGCGCUGAUCCCGAGGACGUCAUCGUGAGCGCUUUCAAGGUCCUGGACCCUGAGGGCACUGGCUCCAUCAAGAAGGAAUUCCUUGAGGAGCUCCUGACCACCCAGUGUGACAGGUUCAGCGCUGAGGAGAUGACCAAUCUGUGGGCUGCUUUCCCCCCUGAUGUGGCUGGCAAUGUGGACUACAAGAACAUCUGCUACGUCAUCACACACGGAGAGGACAAGGAGGAGUAAAUCUCCCUCUCUCAAGAUCUCUACCUCCGUUCAAGCCCAUACUCUCCCCACCAUCUACUCCAUCCCUCUUCUCCAGCACCGUGGCUUUCUUGCACACGCUCGCACCCCAGCCCACACUUUCCACUUGCCAACUCACUACAAAAAGACUUGUCUCCUUUAUCGAGAUACUCAGUGAGAGGACUGUAGGCUGUGGGGAUGUUUGUGUGUGAGUACCAACAGGGAAACAUGGGAUUAUUUUCAAUAAAAAUAAUCUUGUGACACUGAAACACUCUCUAUCUCUAUCCAUGCCUCUUGUUCCUCCUCCUUUUCCUCCCAUCACUCAUUCUGUCAUUCUAUGUUGAGGCCAACAGUGCAUGCAUCAUACCUAUGUGCAGCAUGUAUGCAUAUGCAGUCUAGUGUAUGCAGCGGUCAGUCAAAAAACGUCUCUUGGGUGCUGUGUUGCAUGCACAGUCACUUGCUUGAAACAAGUAAGCAGCCUGACCCAAGUGGUCUGUUAGUCUUAACCUGACACAGAGUGUUUAAUGGAUUUGUCCCCUUGUUUUUAUUGGAGAGGAAUGCAGAAUAAAAGAGUGGGAGUACUGUACUACAAUAGUUUCCCUACCCCUCUCUUUUUAAAUCUCUCUCUCUCCCAUUCUUAUACACUGGUAUAAAAGGAAAAGUUGCAGUGAAAAGAGGAAAACGUGGCUUUUUCAAACUUUAAAUCUUGUAAAUAGAGAAAGAGAUGGUGAAAGAUGGUGAGAGGGAGGCAGGAAAGAAAUAAACAAAAGUAAAAUAGCUUGGUUUCUGACUCUUCUUCCUCCCUCUCACUGCUGUUUCUCUCCUGUUGUUGUGACUGUGUCUGUCUCCACUGUAACGAAAAAA